GGCUUCAAGCAAGAGUGCACGUGUGGAUAUACCGCGCUUGGAAAUAAGUUCAGUGUGAGGAAGAAAACUGGAGACGAACGUCUGAUAGGAUGGAAUGUGGACGUUCCAGUAGACAGUAAACAGUGGAAUACAACGAAGGAAACUUGGAAAAUUUGGAUAAAAUUAUCAUCUCUUUCAUCGAACAUCUUGAUUCAAAAUGGCGUGUGGAAUUCAUCGGUAUAACUAUAUGGGUAUCUUACCCAUAGUGAUGUUAGCUCUCUCUAUCACUAUGCUAGUCAGUGCCUACAUCGUAGCCGUAACUCGCGGCGACGUCGCCUUCCUAUUCCCGUACAUCAGUGAUGCAGCCAGCACGGCUCCACAAAGCUGUAUCUUCGGACAACUCCUUAACAUGACCGCGUUAAUUGUAUUCGCUGGUGUAUUUGUGCGGUUUCGUCAGUUAACCAGCCUUGUACCUCCAUACUAUGUCAAGAUAAAGAGUAUGAAUAUCUGGGGUCUCGUCUUCGGCUGGACCUCAGGCUUCGGAAUGACACUCGUCGCUAACUUUCAGGAUUCCAACGUACUAAUCGUGCAUUUGAUUGGUGCAUUUCUCCUGUUUGUGAUGGGAACAGCCUAUUGUGUCACACAUACCAUCAUCUCAUACAAACUAUACCCACAAUACAACACGAUGUUGCUCUGCCGGUUGCGAUUGGUCAUCACCACGACAACGGCGGUAUCGAUGAUAAUCAGUAUCAUAACUGGAGUGAUAGCUGAGAUGUUAUGGUUUCAUACUCAUGGUGAUCAUACCAGGACUCGCUCACAGGUUCAUUGGGCUCCGCAAGAUGGGGGCUACAUUCCUCAUCUAAUCAGCGCCUUCUCUGAAUGGGUGAUGAGCAUCGCCCUCAUGGUCUUCUACCUCACCUACACCAAAGAAUUCUGCAACCUUCAGCUUCACGUCAUGGUUUCUCAAUGUGACCUACCAGAUGCUCUCUGGAUCACCUGCCGUGAGGUACUCUCUCCACCCAUCCGCACCCCUUCUCAGCGCCCUACCAGGAGCCGUGAAGGGGAUGAUGAUGAGGUCCUGGACGCCGAAAUGGCGGAGGAGGGCAUGGUCCCGCGUCCCUGUUGCCAUAGAAACAGCCAGGAGUCGACGGGGUCUCAGUCGACCAUCACGCUCCAUUCAGAACACUCGCCCCUAUGUAAGACGCAUACUGAGAAAGGAAAGUUGUUUGUUUGAUCCAGAGAUAGUUCUUCCAAUACGCUAUAUGGUUCAAUAUCCCACCGCUGUCGCGCCUUUUGUUCUCACGCGUCAACACGGAGAUGCAUAGGCUUUCUUUGUUUGCAACAUGAACUUAGCAGUGAGAAAAUAAACUUUAUCUGACUCGUGCUCUAUUGACUCAACAGUAAGAGCAAUAUGACAUUCAGUGUGCAACGGUUUUUCUUCUGAUGGACGCCAUUUUGAAACACCUGUAAGCAUGGGCUUUCUUUGGUUGCAGCAUGAUUUUGUUCCGAGAGGGAGCAUCUAGAACGCAAAUUAAACAGACUCUAAGUCUUACUAUGUUGUGUUGACCUUAGAGAAAGAGCAAUAGGACUCCAUCGUUCACGUUUGCUAGAUGAUUGGAUUUCUUUGGUGGCAGGCUCGUUGCAUUUACUUUUGAACGAGUGUAUAUACAGCGAGAAAGAAACUGUAUCUGACUCUUCCUCUUUAACCCUAUUUGGCCCGGGG